CCCAGGACCAUCGCCCAUUGCCCUUCAUCAACUGCCCACAAAAGACCUACAACUAGUUUGGUAUGAGUUCAGUUCACACGUAGAGUUCCCCCGAUCUCUCCUGGAAUUUCUCUCAACAGCAACAACUAAUAGGCGGUCACCGCCAUCCCCUGCUACUCCUAGAGAUAGAGAGGGAGAGCCGCGGGCGGUGGUGGAGUAGAGAGAGAGAGAGCAGGCACGGAGAAAAACAGGUAGGUGGCGGAGAUGGCGACGACGAACGGGACGACGAUAGCAUGCAAGGCGCCGAUGAAGGCAACGUCGGAUGGGGCGUGGCAGGGGGACAGCCCACUGCACCACGCGCUGCCGCUGAUCAUUCUCCAGAUCUGCCUGGUGGUCGUCGUCACCCGAUCCCUUGCUUUUCUCCUCCGGCCUCUCCGUCAGCCCCGCGUCAUCGCCGAGAUCAUCGGUGGGAUCCUGCUGGGCCCCUCGGCCCUAGGCCGCAGCAAGAGGUUCCUGAACUCGGUGUUCCCCAAGGAGAGCCUCACCGUGCUGGACACCGUCGCCAACAUCGGGCUCUUGUUCUUUCUGUUUCUCGUUGGAUUGGAACUGGACCUCCGGGCCAUACGGCGUACGGGCAAGAAAGCUCUGGCCAUCGCCCUGGCGGGCAUCUCCCUCCCCUUCGUGCUGGGCAUCGGCACCUCCGUCGUCCUCCGCUCCACCGUCGUCAAGGGCACCCGCCAGGGCCCCUUCCUCGUCUUCAUGGGCGUUGCCCUCUCCAUCACUGCCUUCCCCGUCCUCGCUCGCAUCCUCGCCGAGCUCAAGCUCCUCACCACCGAUCUAGGCCGCAUGGCCAUGUCCGCAGCCGCCGUCAACGACGUCGCCGCCUGGAUCCUCCUCGCCCUCGCCAUCGCCCUCUCCGGCUCCGGCUCCCCGCUCAUAUCCCUCUGGGUCCUCCUCACCGGCGCCGCCUUCGUCGCCCUCGCCGCCCUCCUCCUCCGCCCUGCCCUCGCAUGGAUGGCCUGCCGCUCACCCGACGGCGAGCCUGUCAAGGAGGCUUACAUCUGCGCCACUCUCGCCACUGUCCUGGCCGCGGGCUUCGUCACCGACACCAUCGGCAUCCAUGCCCUCUUUGGGGCCUUCGUCGUGGGCAUCAUCGUUCCCAAGGACGGGCCCUUUGCCGGGGUGCUAAUCGAGAAGGUGGAGGAUCUCAUCUCGGGGCUCUUCCUCCCGCUCUACUUCGUGUCCAGCGGCCUCAAGACCAACGUCGCCACUAUCAGUGGGGCCCGCUCCUGGGGCCUCCUCGUCCUCGUCAUAGCCAACGCCUGCCUUGGCAAGAUCGCCGGCACCGUCAUCGUCUCCCUCAUCGUCCGGAUACCCGCCCGGGAGGCCCUCACCCUCGGUUUCCUCAUGAACACCAAGGGCCUCGUCGAGCUUAUCGUCCUCAACAUCGGCAAGGACCGCAAGGUGCUGAACGACGAGGCAUUCGCCAUCCUGGUACUGAUGGCACUGUUCACCACCUUCAUCACCACGCCCAUCGUGGUGGCCAUCUACAAGCCGGCCCGGCGCGCGGCGCCUUACAAGCACCGUACCGUGGAGCGGGCCGACACCGAGAGCGAGCUCCGCGUGCUGGCCUGCUUCCACGGCAACCGCAACAUCCCCACCAUGAUCAACUUGAUCGAGUCCUCCCGCGGCACCCGCCGCCGCCGCGUCACCGUCUACGCCAUGCACCUCAUAGAGCUAUCCGAGCGCUCCUCUGCCAUCUCCAUGGUCCACAAGGCCCGCCGGAAUGGGCUCCCCUUCUGGAACAAAGUCAGCCGUGGAGCGGCGGGGAACGGCGACCAGGUGGUGGUGGCCUUCGAGGCCUACCAGCAGCUUAGCAGUGUCGCCAUCCGGCCCAUGACCGCCAUCUCCGACAUCCACACCAUGCACGAGGACAUUGUCGCCAGCGCCCUCCAGAAGCGCGCCGCCGUCAUCAUACUUCCCUUCCAUAAGACGCAGCGUCUGGACGGCUCCCUCGAGUCCCUUGGCACCGCCUUCCAGUACGUCAACCAGCGCGUCCUUCGCCACGCCCCCUGCUCCGUCGCUAUCCUCGUCGACCGCGGACUCGGCGGCGCAGUCCAGGUCUUGGCCAGCGACGUCUCCUAUACCAUCGCCGUGCCCUUCUUCGGGGGUCCGGACGACCGCGAGGCCCUCGCCUAUGGCGCCCGCAUGGCCGAGCACCCAGGCAUCGCGCUCACCGUCGUCCGCUUCCUCCUGCCGUCUCUCCCUGCAGAAGUCGACGCCGACGAGCGCGCCGCCGACGUGGCAGCGUUGUCGGACUUGGCAACCAAGGCUGCGGAGGACUCGUCGUCCGUCAAGUACGAAGAGCAGGCGGUGGCAGAGCGAGCCGAAGUCGUGGGGGUCAUCAAGGCUUUGGGCCGGUGCAACCUCUUUCUGGUGGGGAGGUCGCCGCAGUCCGGGGUGCUGCGACUGGUGGAGCGGACGGACUGCCUGGAGCUGGGUCACGUGGGAAGCUACCUGGCGUGCUCGGAGUUCUCAACGUCGGCGUCGGUUCUGGUGAUCCAGCACUACGAUUCCAGGGCCGAUCCGUCGAUGCUGGUGGAGGAGGUGGCGGAGAUCCAGGACGUGUCCGACACCCCGCUUGCCAUUGUAACGCCGGAGUCCUCCUCCCCCCAUCUGAAAUAAAGAAAUGGGACCCACGGAACUCGGUGUGGGCCCUGUGAUAUCUGUUUUCCUCUGGUGACUAGGCUGGUGGGUCCUCCGCAUGAUCAUCAUCGUCGUCGUCAGGUGGUUGGUUCCCGGCUCUUUAUUUCCCUCUGUAAGUGCGCGUUGGCCUUGCUUUGAUUCGGUGUGCGAAGGGUCAUGGAAGCCGUAGAAUGAUGUAUAUGUACAACAGGGUAGUCAGUGAGCGAGUUCCCCAAGAAGAAAGGGACGAGGUUGGCUGCGGGGGUGAGGAAGUCCGGCGAGGUUUGAUGGGUCUCCUUUCAUUUCACCGGAGGAGGGCCCCCCUGGGGAGGGACGGCGGAGUCUCAGGCUCGCGAUGAUAGCCAAGAACAGUGUAAUGUUGUCCUUUACUGCAUGCGAAAUCGGCUAAGAUAAGCGUAACACGUGCUUGCUAGCCUUUUUAUCGUC